GACCUGAGAAAAACCAUACCUUCCUGGUGGUGGCACGUUUCAACUAGUCAGGUGUUGCAUAGAUAGACAACAGGUCGACAUGGCCAGCCAUGGGAUACCCCGCUACAGCUUGAAGGAGAAAUCCGAAGAAGCUCGUCAACAAGAGCUUCGCAAAAUAGAAAAAUACCAGGAGCUGGAUCAGUUCGUCCGUGCGAAGAUUGCAGAACAGCAGUAUACGCCUGAAACACUUCAAAAAAUUUCCGAAUUGUUGACCAAAAAUCCGGAGUACUACACGGUGUGGAAUUAUCGACGCCGGGUUCUGCGGCACGAAUUCACACAAGCUGCAUCACGCGAGGCUGCAGCGGAUCAGAUCACUGCCUUAAUCAAGAAUGACCUGCUGUUCCUGAUGCCGCUACUGCGCAGCUUUCCCAAGUGCUACUGGAUAUGGAACUAUCGUUUAUGGCUUCUAGAUGAAGCUAAACGUCUGCUGCCACUAUCUAUCUCCCGGAGAAUCUGGGAAGAAGAGCUAGCGCUUGUGGGUAAAAUGCUUCGCCUAGACAGCAGAAACUUCCAUGGCUGGGGCUACCGCCGAGUUGUCGUGGACACGUUAGAGACUCUGACACCCGAAGAGAAGGGAGAGAGUAUGGCGCAAGCAGAAUUCGAGUAUGCGAAGAAGAUGAUUGGGACGAAUCUCUCUAACUUUUCCGCGUGGCAUUAUCGGACGAAGCUUAUCCAGCGAUUGCUGAAUGAGAAAUCAGCCACUGAUGCGGAACGAAGAAAGAUGCUCAAUGACGAGCUGGAGCUUAUCCAUCGCGCCUUGUGUGACCCAUAUGACCAGUCACUAUGGUUUUAUCACCAAAACUUAAUGUGCACAUUUGACCCGGCAACAUCGGGGCAGACAAUGGCACCGAACCUCAGUCAGUCGGAGCGGCUGGACUAUGUCCGCCAAGAGAUCGAGGAGAUUCAGGAUAUGCUGGACGGGGCGGAGGAUUGUAAGUAUAUCUACCAGGCAUUAAUCGACUGUACCUUGUUGGCGUCGAAAAUCGAAGGCACCAUGUCCAGUGACGACCAACAAAAGGUUUUGAGCUGGAUCUCGGAACUGAAGAAAAUGGACCCACUUAGGCGUGGACGGUGGUUGGAUUUUGAGCGAUCACUCUGCACUUAAGGGGAGCACCUCCUUACUUCACUAUUUCUG